GUGUAAUUGUCAGUAUAAACAAUAUUACAGUGCCACCAAACAGCCAAUCAUUGGUGCUUGCAUUUGUCUUCGUUGAUAAAGAAACCCUAAACAUUUUCCUCCUUCCCUGCUCUGGUUCUGCGGUUUCAACGUGCCAGUAAUGUUAGAGAGAGAAAAAGACAACAAACUUCACGAGUAGAGACGACCUGUCACUGAACUUGUUCUAUGAGCGACGGUUUCACAUGAUUUCGAAUUGAUUCGUAAAUCGAGGCCAAUUGAAGAAUUUGCAAUGCAGCUGAAGCUCCGGAUUGGUUUCACUGGCGACUAUAAAGUCGAUGAGGCGAUUGGGAGAAGGAGAGAUAGAGAAUACCUGAAAUCCUAAUUUUCGUAUCCAAAGAGCUCGUUUUCUCUCCCGAUAUAGAAAGAGGAGUAGUCAGAGGGAGGGGAAACGAUCACUUGCUGUCAAUGGCGGCGACUGUAUUGACUGAAGCGAAAGCAAUUGCGAGCAUGGACUCCCAGCCAUCGUUGGCUAUCAAGCGAAGCUCGCAAGCUCCUGAGCUCGAGUUCGCGAAGUGCGAGUGCUGCGGAUUGACGGAGGAAUGCACGCCGGCGUACAUUGCUCACAUCCGCGAGAGAUUUGACGGUCGUUGGAUUUGUGGACUCUGUUCCGAGGCAGUCAAAGACGAGGCCUACAGGUCUAAGAGGGGAAUCAGUCCCGAUGAAGCGUUGAAUCGGCACAUGAAGUUUUGUCAACAAUUCAGAUCUUCAAGCCCUCCGAUUCAUCCUACUGAGGAUCUGAUCUCCGCUAUGAAACAUCUGGUUCGGCGUACUUUGGAUUCUCCGAAGAAGAAGGAGGGAUCCAUUUUCCAGUCUCCGCCACCGUCCCUUGUUCGAUCCCGAAGUUGCUUUUCAAGUUUAUCAAAGAUGCUACAGUGCUGAAAAGGUUGAAGUCACACAGUACCUUCUGCACAUUAUGUGGCGAAUCUUCAGUGCGUUAAGGUUGGGUUUUGGUUCUUCGCCAAUAACACAGACUGCUAGGUCUGAUAUCUUAUUCCAUUCUCUGUUUCAUUGCUCAAUUUGCUCUGCUUCUUGAAUCUUUUAUAGUACUGAAAGAGGAUCCAAACUCCAAAAGGAUGCUGUAUAAUAUCUGGGUGGUGUGGGUCAGCACUUGAAAAGGUUUGUUCCAAGUUCCAACUUCAUGAGGUGCUGUCAUUGUUACAGCAUUUUUUUGCCCAUGUAUUUGAAGUCAGGUAGGUCCAUUGCCAGUCAAGUUGACAUAUGCCAGUUCACAUCAUGCAAGUCUAUUCUUCUCGAGCUCAAAUAAUUCCCAAAAAUCUUGGCAUUUCUUGUGUUAGUUAAACACCCCUAAUUAUAAUAGCUAGCAGUAGCAGUUCAACAUCAUGCAGUAAUAACCCUAAAUCUUAAAUUCUUCUAAACUCUUAGUACUCC